AUGAUGUCGCGGUGUGUAAGGGCGUAUAUGGGCGCCCUGAGGCUCGGAGGAGCCUCGUCGGCUCUCAGUCGGCAGCGAUGCGACUCAUUGCAUGGGACCCAUCGGCCGCUCCUGUCCCUAGCACGGGCAUCGCUCGGACACGCCAACGAUCGGAAUACACAGCCGCCGAUCAGCAGUGAGCUACAGGACAAGUUCAAGCAGCUUAAAAUCAAAGAAGUGCUUGUGCUGGAAAAAAUCACCAAAUACGACCUGGAGCGCAAAAAUGGACUGACCGACUCGGAGAUUCGCGAACGGUUUCCACUGGCCUACAGGACCCACCGAACACACCUGGGCAUCAUGGACGCACUCAUGCGCCUUCUGAAGGAGCGCUACCGCCUCCGCACCAUCGCCGUAAAGGCGCAGUCGCACAACCUCGUGCUGAGCGAUUUGGAGAGGUCCGGCUUCUCACUCGACCUCAUUAUCAGUGCGGGCGGGGACGGUACCUUCCUCGAGGCCGCGGCGCUGUUGCCGCCAUCGCAAACAUCUCUCCAGCGACCCUGGAUUGUUGGACUCAAUACCGACCCUGAACGGUCGGUUGGGGCCAUGUGCAUGUCCUACUUCAAGAGGGGGGGCAUGGUGUUUCGGCGCUAUUCCGGCGAACAGCGCACGGAGCCGGACGACUCGCCCAAGCAGAACAUGAUCCGGUUCACCGAGUCGGAUGCGCUCAUCAGGAAGGAGUGCGCAUCCGACACCAUCAGCGAAAAGGAGUGGAAUAACCUCACCAAGGCCUCCUUUUGCGAUACGCAUCACGACGGCAGCGACACGCGGGACCACUGCACCGUCAUAUCCAAGCAUGUCGCCAACAUCUACAACAUUACCUACGAUGACUAUGUAGGGAGCCUGCUCGAACGGCUUAUCGUGAACCGCGAUUACGUGCCCGUUGCGCGGCAGAAGAUUCGGAUCAAAAUGUUCAAGAGGCAGAGCGCCGCGGAACAGGAGAUCGUGGCGACCAAGGGAGACUCAACCUUUAUAGAGGACAACCUCUUCUGCGGGACGGAGUCGAGCUUCACCGAGGACGACCUCGAUGCCGAAGCCUGCGCAAGUGGCGACGGGGUCAUCCCCUACGGCGCCGUGAACGACGUCAUCAUCGCAGACAAAAAUUUCGGGAAGACCUUCUACGGCCUGGUGCAAGUGGACGCCUUGCCGAUCAUACGGGUCAAAAGCAGCGGCGUGCUCGUGUCAACAGGCACGGGAUCCACGGCGUGGGCCUACAACAUGUGCAAAAUGAGCAUGGACAACGGGUUCCGGCUGCUGAACCAUCUCAUCAACCACCGCUCAUUCCCCAAGGAGGCGGCGAAGGUGAUCGAUGCCAAGAUGAUGCGCGAGGCCAUCGAGGAGCACAAUGCGGGCCUCGUGUUCGACGCGUCGCAAAGCACUCUGAAAUGCAUCAUACGCGAGUCGAUCAGCGACACGUCCACCGUCGACGCGACGUCGUUCAUGGGACGGCAGGUCAAGCUGCUGUCGCUGUCCAAAAACGCCAGACUCGUCAUUGACGGCUCCAGGAUCAUGAAGGUCGACUACGGCGACGUGGUGGUGCUCAAGACAUUCGAAUCGGACACCAUAUGGAGCUGCGUGUGA